GGUGGCGUUAGUGUUCCUGAAGGCUACUGAGCCUACGCUGGUGCAGGACUUCAGUUUACACAGCGCUUUGACAGCUUUUGUCUCUCUUAAGCCUCCUGUCCCCGGGGUGAGGCUGGCGGAAUGGGUCAGCGGUCAACUGUUUACUCGGCCCACAUUCCGAGUUGGAAAAUGGGCCCCCGCGCGGGAGUGCGACUCGCUCCAGAGACAGUUAACUCAGCGACAGCCGGGGGCCCCGAUCCCCCCAGUUCGGCCUUCGGCCCCUCUGCACGCACGCGCAGUAGCAGAGCUCUUCCUGCGAAGAAGCUGCGGAUACUCAGCAGCGGCUGCGUCAGCGCGUGUGGCCGUGAGAGGGCCUCGAACGGCCUCACGUCACUGUGUGCGACGGCGCCUGCGCCGGAGACCAUGCUGCCAGCUGCGCGGCGAGUUCUGGGCCUCGUGCGGCUGCGGCUCCUUCGGAGGUGGUCUGGGCUCACGACCUUCUCCUUCCUGCGCGGCCUUGGGCCAGAGCCUUUGGAGACAGCCCGGUCACUGUGUUGCGAAUCCUCCCCUAGAGACGCACGGGAUGGAGAGGGACGGCGCGAAGCGGCACGGAGGAAAGCCCCCGGCACAGAGUCGCCCUCGUCUCUUCCUCCGCGCGUCCGAGGCACUGGGACCAGACGUCUUUCGUCGCUGGAAAGCCUCAGACUGCCGACGCCACGAGAGGAGUCACCCCCUCAAGAGCGCGAGGACUCGAGCGGAGUCCAGGGCCAGCCCGGUCCCGCCCACCGGGGAGCCGGGGGUCCCUUGCCGCCCUCCCUGGCCCAGUCCGGGACCGAGGUAGAAGAGCUUCAUGGCUCCUCUUCCCGGUUGACUUCCAGAGAGGGGCCCUUUCGCGCUGGGGAGCUGAUCUUAGCCGAGACGGGGAAGAGAGAAACACAAUUUAAAAAAUUAUUUAGGUUGAGUAACGCCGGACACUUAAAUAGUAGCUGGGGGACAGUCCCGUUCAGCGAGAUCGUGGGGAAGUUUCCCGGCCAGAUACUGAGGAGUUCCUCUGGGAAGCACUUCAUGCUGAGGAGGCCGGCGUUGGAAGACUAUGUAUUACUGAUGAAAAGAGGGCCUGCCAUAACAUAUCCGAAGGAUAUGAAUAUGAUACUGUCGAUGAUGGACAUCCACCCAGGUGAUACUGUUUUGGAAGCUGGCUCAGGCUCUGGUGGAAUGAGCUUAUUUUUAUCCAAAGCAGUGGGAUCACAAGGACAAGUCCUCAGUUUUGAAAUACGAAAAGACCACCUUGAAUUGGCUAAGAAGAAUUAUAAAAACUGGUGUGAUUCAUGGAAAAUAAGUCAUGUAGAAGAGUGGCCAGACAAUGUGAAUUUUAUUCAUAAGGAUAUUUCAGGAGCAACUGAAGAUAUAAAAUCUUUAACAUUUGAUGCGGUUGCUUUGGAUAUGUUGAAUCCUCAAGUUGCUUUGCCUGUUUUAUACCCAAAUCUUAAACAGGGUGGUAUAUGUGCUGUAUAUCUAGCAAACAUCACACAGGUUAUUGAACUUUUAGAUGGAAUUCGCAUCUGUGAACUUGCUCUCACGUGUGAAAAGAUAAAUGAAGUUAUUGUCAGAGAUUGGUUGGUUUGCCUUGCAAAACAGAAAAAUGGAACUUUACCUCAAAAAGUAGAACCUAAAAUCAAUACAGAUUUACAAUUACAUUCUCAAAAGAAAGUUAGCAUUGAAGAUGAGAUGUUUCAAGAGGAUGACCAUGAAGAAUCACAUUCGGAUUUUCCAUAUGGAUCAUUUCCCUAUAUUGCUAGACCUAUACACUGGCAAACUGGUCAUACAGCAUUUCUUGUCAAGCUGAGGAAGUUUAAACCACAACUUAACUGAGUACCUCAGAGGAUAGCAACUGAUGUGAAGAACGAAAGGUAUCACAAUAGAACUUUAUAUUGCAAAACACUACUUUCAUAGAUUGAAAUUUUUUGUAUAUGAUUUGUAUAACUUUUACAUAUAAUUUCAAAAAAUAACAAAAGCUGAAGGAAGAUGUGUAACAUUUCAAAACAAUUUAAAUGUCCCAUUUUGACACUUGUCUUGUAGUUUGACAUUUUGUAGUUAAUGAUUCCAAGUUGGUUUAGUUGAGCCAUUUCAUUCUUCACUUCCUGUAAACCACUCCAUAGAUUUGUCUUUCUUCAUAAAAUUAGUUUUCUUUUCUUUGUCUGAUUGAUGGUCGUUGGCUACCAAAAUAAAAUACGCAUUUUAAGAUAAA